AUGAGCGCGGACCAAGUGGUGCAGCUGCUGCGCCUCGUGAGGGGCGGCAAGAAUGCGACGUUUGAGGAUGGGUACAAGAAAUACUGCUCAGCCUUCCGGCGAGACAUUCAGCGGCAGGACAUGUGCAACGUGCUGAGCAUGCUGUUGGAGCAAGCGGAUCUGCUGCCGUACGUGCCAGGCAGGCUGCUCGGCAUGUUCCUUCUGUAUCGAACCUUCGCCCACCAACCCUUGGAACAAAACCCCUUUCUUCAUGUCAUCGAGAGAGCCAACAAGGUGUCGACGAAACACACGCCCAUGACGUUUAGUGUGGACUUUCUCAAGAAGCACGGCAGCUUCCCAUCAUCUUCAACACCUCCCAAACCAUCACCGCCACAGCCCGUAGAGCAUGCGCCAUCGUGCAUUCCAACGGUGGUACAGCUGCCGUGGCUCGGGCAGGCAUCUCAGUACACAUCUGAAGCAACAGAGGAGGCAGCACGCUCCCUCUUCUCAGAAGCAAUGCCACUGCACAUGCCCUCGCCACUGCCGCUGCUCGUACCGCCGCCACCGCUUCUCAGCAUCAGUGACAAUGAGGUCGUGUGGAUGAACCCGAGCGAGUUUACGUACGACGUCCACUACGACGUCAAAGAUCUCGACGAGCCGACGCCGCAGCAGCUUGUUGACAUGGCUGUACAGAUGGCGCUGCCUGCCCCGCGAUUCCAGUCGCUGCUCAACGCGCUCAAGUCUGAGGACGUCGUGGCCAAGAUUGCUCUUCCUGCUGCAUCCCUCGCCGGCGUCGUCGAACACAACCCGCAGAUUGCCACCAUGAUUCUUGCGCAGAAGCUGAAGCACGAGCCAAAGUCGAUGGCGCCGUACUACGCGGAGAUUGUGAAGAUGGACAUGAGCCUCAACUCCAUGGAGGUCGUCAACGGGCUCACCUCGUGCGGCCUGCCACAGGAAUUCUUGCACAUGUUCAUCUCAAAUUGCAUUCGCACUUGCGAGAAGAACCAGAAUGGGCAGCCGUCGUAUCUGCGCCGCCUUGUUCGCCUCGUGUGCGUGUUUGUGCAGAGCCUCAUUCGCAACAACAUCAUCGACAUCAAGACGUGCAACAAAGACUUGAUUGUUGAGGUGAAGUGUUUCUGCAUCCAGUUCAGCUCGUACAAGGAGGCGUCGGGCCUCUACCGCCUCAUCCGCGUCAUCGACGAUGAGGAGAGCUCGGGUGGUUCGGGGCAAAGCAGGACGAAAGAAGGGAGCGAUGCGCAGGGGAAGAGCAAGGGGAAGGCCAAGUCAUCAUCAGGAAAGGUGGCUGCGUCGUCAUCAGCGUCAUCUUCGUCCUCCCAGAACAAGGGCAAGAACAACACUGCAAACAGCAACCACAAAGGGCAAGGCAGCAACAAGCGGCCAAAGUCUCCAACAAAGAAGCGUUGA